CCUCUGUGUACCAACUGCCAACAUGCAGUUCUGGGAUUUCCUGGGCUGCACCAAUGGAGAUAUUCCCAGUAUCACAUACUACGCUGAAUAUGACAACCAGUUAGCCCCAGCAGCAACAUCUGAUAAAGACAUGGCUUCGUCUUCCUACUUGGAACCCAAUCUCAAUCACUCGGCAGCGGGUGGUUGUGGGGUUAAAUCCCGAUCUGGGAUACCUGGUGUUACCAGUGCUGGUACCAGCGGCUCUGCUGGAGGCCUCGAGCGGCCCUCGGGCUCCAUGGACCGGGUUCUGAAGAUCUUCCACUAUUUUGAGACAAGUGCCGAGCCAUGCACCUGGGCUAGUAAUAUCAGGCAUGGAGAUGCGACCGAUGUCAGGGGUGUUAUCCAGAAGAUUGCAGAGAUCCACAAAUUGCGCUGCGUGUCCUCUCUGGGCCUCCGUCUGACCCACCUGCACUCUGAUGCACUCCAUUGGUUACACCCUGAUUUGGGCGUGUGUCACGUCAGGGAGAAAUAUGAGAAACAGCACCCCCAGGAGGAGUGGAGGUAUGAGUUGCGGAUGCGGUACCUUCCCAAAGGUUACCUCAGCCAUUUCUCUGAAGACAAACCCUCUCUCAACUACCUCUAUCACCAGGUGAAGAGUGACUACAUGCAACAUAUAGCUGAUCAGGUGGAUCAAGAUGUUGCUCUGAAACUGGGCUGUUUGGAAAUUAGGAGGUUCUUCAGAGACAUGCCAGGCAACGCCCUGGAUAAGAAAUCCAAUUAUGAACUACUAGAGAAAGAUGUUGGUUUGAGAAGGUUCUUCCCCAAAAGCCUGCUGGACUCCCUCAAGGCAAAGACUCUACGUAAACAGAUCCAGCAGACCUUUAAGCAGUUCGCAAACCUUAAUAAUGAGCAGAGCAUCCACAAGUUCUUCGAGAUACUCUCUCCCAUCUACCGCUUUGACAAAGAGUGCUUCAAAUGUGCUUUGGGGUCUAGUUGGGUAAUAUCAGUAGAGUUAGCUAUUGGACCAGAAGAAGGAAUCAGCUACCUCACAGAUAAGGGUUCAAUGCCCACACACUUAGCUAAUUUUAACCAGGUUCAGUCCAUCCAGUACUCUGCUCUGGAAGAGAAGGACAGGAAAGGCAUGCUGCAGCUAAACGUAGCAGGAGCUCCAGAGCCCCUCACAGUCACCACGGCAUCGCUGACUACGGCAGAAAACAUGGCUGACUUGAUUGACGGCUACUGUCGGCUCGUCUCCUUAGCUACACGCUCCUUCAUUGUCAGAGUCCACAAAGAGGGGGACAGAGCUCUGCCAUCCAUUCCCAAAGUUUCAAAUCAUGAGAGGCGGAUGGAAAAACGGAUGGACGGAGUACGGACCCGAGCUGUUUGCAUCUCAGGUCACACUAGUGGCGAUGAAACGGAUGACUAUGCUGAGAUCAUAGAUGAGGAGGACACCUAUACCAUGCCUUCAAAAUACUAUGGACUAGAUCAAGCACGGGACUAUGAGAUUCAGCGAGAUCGUAUUGAGUUGGGACGCUGCAUAGGUGAGGGUCAGUUUGGAGACGUCCACCAAGGAGUCUACAUCAGCCCGGAGAACCCAGCUCUGUCUGUGGCAGUGAAGACGUGUAAGAACUCAACGUCAGACAGUGUCAGGGAAAAGUUUCUCCAAGAAGCAUUGACCAUGCGUCAGUUUGACCACCCUCAUAUAGUGAAGCUGAUGGGAGUCAUCACUGAUAAUCCAGUCUGGAUCAUCAUGGAGCUCUGCACACUCGGAGAGUUACGGUCAUUCCUCCAGGUGAGGAAGUAUAGUCUCGAUUUGGCCACACUCAUCUUGUACUCGUACCAGCUCAGCAUGGCACUGGCAUAUCUGGAGAGCAAGCGCUUCGUACACAGGGACAUCGCAGCGCGGAACGUGUUGGUGUCGACAGUCGACUGUGUAAAACUUGGCGACUUUGGUUUGUCUCGAUACAUGGAAGAUAGCUCUUAUUAUAAAGCCUCUAAAGGUAAACUGCCUAUUAAAUGGAUGGCUCCAGAAUCCAUCAACUUCAGACGAUUUACCACAGCCAGUGACGUCUGGAUGUUUGGCGUCUGUAUGUGGGAGAUCCUCAUGUUCGGCAUCAAGCCUUUCCAGGGUGUGAAGAACAACGACGUCAUAGGCAGGAUAGAGAACGGCGAGCGGCUGGCGAUGCCCCCCCAGUGCCCUCCUACUCUCUACAGCUUGAUGACAAAGUGUUGGUCGUAUGAUCCCAGCAAGAGGCCACGCUUCACUGAACUCAAAACACAACUGAGCACUAUAUUGGAGGAGGAGAAGGUUCAGCAGAAGGAGAGGAGCAGGAUGGAGAUGAGGAGACAGGUCACUGUUUCUUGGGACUCUGGAGGGUCCGAUGAAGCACCACCAAAACCCAGCCGUCAUCCCUCCCUGCAGCCCACCUUCAGUCUGGACUGUCUGUCUGCUCCUCCGCCUCACCACCAUUGCCAUCAAAACCAGCGCUUUGCCUCACAGCUUUUCCUUUGUCUUGGAAACCCUCAUCCUUCAUCUACCUUCACCUCUUCUCACCUCCCCACUCCUCCACUCCACUCAUCUCUGCAAUUUCCCCAUCGUUUUUCCUCUUCUCCCAAUCCUCAAUCAAACACCACUUUAUACAAUCACUCCUCCUCCCAGCAUAACUCUAGGUUCAGUCUUGAAUCCAGAGCCAGCUUGUAUCUACAGUCUCAUGCUAAUUUCUGCUCUCCACCUCUCCCCAGUUCAGAGAGUCUGUCCAAUGGCAGCUGCCCCUACAAGACAAAUCCCCUUACUAAUGGCCACCUGCUCUCUUCAUCCCAGCCAAAGUCAAACAGCUCACGCUCCCAUCCCUGGCACUUCUCCCCACUCCUUUCUCACUCUAGUCCUAACCUUAACUCUAUUUGUCCCCACGCCCUCAAAAACAUUGAGCUCAUGACAAAUUCUAAUCCUAAAACCCUGCUGUUGCACAGCUUUCAACCUGGAUGUCAAACUAAUCCCAGUACCCCUCUACAACCUGACUCUGACCCCCAGCGCCAACACCCUGCUGUGCAGUCAUGUGGGAGGCCCCCGUUGGUCUCUCCUGCCCCCCUCGGUCUUUCAAACACAGAGAGAGUUCGCCCCAUACCCUCUGCCUGCACUCUUCCCUCCACUCACCACCAUCCACCCAGUCGAAUGCCAAACCUCCCUGUAACCACCAGUACACAUUCCAUCCACUGCUCAGAAAGACACAUGUCCAGAACCUUACAGCCUAGUAGACCAGGCUAUCCCAGUCCUCGCUCGAGUGAAGGCUUUUAUCCCAGUCCCCAGCAUCCUGGACACUACCAGAUGGCGGGGUACCCCGGCCCUCACACCCUCCCCUCUGUGCCCAGCGCCCUGUACCCCCCACAGGCCACGAUGGUGGACACACACCACGCGCACACACACCCCCGCCACCAUGUCCACACACACUCGCACGCACAGCACCUUCCCCAUCCACAUGGGCACGACAUGGCACUAUGGGGCUCUGCGAUGGAGGACAGGGCAGUAGACAUGCAGCAGUGUGUAGGCCCUCAGUGCCUGUUAAUGGAGGAACAGCUGAUGAUACAACAACAGCAGAUGGAGGAGGACCAGAGGUGGCUGGAGCAGGAGGAAAGGCUGCUGAAACCAGACUCUAGAAGUUCCAGAGGGAGUCUGGACAGAGAGGACGGUGGACUCCAAGCACCGACAGGAAACCAGCACAUAUACCAGCCCGUUGGCAAACCAGAGCAUGCAGCUCCCCCAAAGAAACCUCCUCGACCCGGAGCCCAGAGUCAAGUGGGCAGCCUGGCCUGUCUAAAUACUGGAGACAGUUAUAAUGACGGAGUCAAGCCCUGGCGGCUUCAGCCCCAAGAGAUCAGCCCGCCCCCCACCGCCAAUCUGGACCGCUCCAACGACAAGGUGUACGAGAACGUGACAGGAUUGGUCAAAGCUGUGAUCGAGAUGUCAAGCAAGAUCCAGCCGGCUCCUCCGGAGGAAUACGUUCCCAUGGUCAAGGAUGUGGGUCUGGCGUUGAGGACGUUAUUGGCCACAGUGGAUGAGACAUUACCACAACUUCCAGCCAGUACACACAGAGAGAUCGAGAUGGCACAGAAACUUCUGAACUCUGACUUGGCGGAGCUGAUCGGGAAGAUGAAGUUAGCCCAACAAUAUGUGAUGACCAGUCUCCAGCAGGACUACAAGAAGCAGAUGCUGACUGCAGCUCACGCUCUCGCAGUCGAUGCCAAGAACCUGCUGGACGUCAUCGACCAGUCACGGCUCAAGAUGAUGUCCCAGUCCCGCCCGCACUAGCCCCACGACAGCCGAUGUGAGCAACAGGAACUGGUCUGCGUCGUCCUGGUUCGCUGUUAGCAGUGGAGAUCUGAAGUGACAUCGUGAUGCGUGGGAGUCAUCGGAGCUGACUGCUUUACAUCAAGGGAGAAAACGACGGCUCUGACACUUUGACAACAGUCCAUGAAGAAUCAUUAGAUGUUGAAUCUUGUGUACGCUGAGGUCGUCUCUCCACCACUGUGACUUUCGUAAUACAAGAGCAGAGCAAAAACACUUCCUGAAUCAGGGACGCGGCAGCUUCACUCUCUUUGGACUGUAAUAUAAUGAUGAGAGGAGGGAAAGCGAAGAGGAAGAUGAUUUUUAACUAUGGUUCUUGACCUGAGAUGAGCCUGAUUCCUGCGGUCAAAAGGUUUAAAAGCCUCCGAUAGACAAACUAUCAUGGGAGCAAUUAGAUCUGUAGACAUCGGGUGGAUUUUAUGGGAUAACACUCUUUUAAGCAAAGCCAUCAGAACCUGACCGGACUGCGUUUGAUCUGCAACAUAUCUGCAUGAAACUUCACCACAGGAACGGACUUAGACGUCAGCCAGCAGCCAUAUCAGUACAUGUGUUGAUAUCAUGUGUCGUGACCCCCCUGGAUGUGAACGUUCUCCUCAGUUGAAAUACCUCCACAUCACCAUGGCUUCUUUUGAAUGGGCGGAUCAGACCACGUUAUCUGUUCAGCUGUGGUCACAUGCGGCGCUUCAAGUGGAUGCUUCGACAAGGACACUGGUGUGGUCUGGAGACUCCCAUACUCCAUCGCUCCUCCCGUUUCUCUCUUCCAUUCAUUCCCGUCUUCCCUCCGUCUCACCAGGUUUUAUUUAUAGACUCAGAAAUUGCAGAGGAGGAGACGGAGGGAAGGACGGUCAUUAAAGCUUGGGGACAGUCUAGCACCGGUCUGCUGCCUGAAGAAGAAACACACUACCCUAUUUCACUCAACUUUCUUUCCUUUUUGUUCUCGCUGUUCCUCUCCUUCGUGAAGUCUUCCUCAGCUCCUCUCUGAGCCGGUUUUAAAGACUCCUAAUGUGAAGAAUCCAACUGUGUCUGCGUCAACAGCGCAGACAGGAAACUCCCUAAACACACACUCAGUUUACUCUUUUUAUCGGCUGGCUCCAUGUUGUUAUGUUUCAGCUUCUUCCUCUUUACGGAAAACGGUUUGUAACCUGGAAAACAAACAGAUAUUCGAUCCCAGCACUGACUCUGAUGAGCGGAAAAUGAAAAAGUGGAUUUGUCCUUGAGGAAGAAAAGGACAUCAUGUCUCAGACUGGUCACAAAGCUCGACUGAAUCUACGUCUGUGAGGACAGUGUCUCCUCUUCUUUCCUUUCACCCACAGUCCCAAUAUCGUUCCCCUUCAAAACUGGUGUCACGCCUUUACCUGUCCCCUCACCCACAGCCGGUGUCACAAAGUGAAUUUACCUGGGACACAAACCUCACAACUGGAACCUUUGUGCUCUGAGUCCCAGAUCCUGUCAGGUGUUAACUCUUUAAAUAUGUCCCUCAUAGCAACUGUCCCCAGGGAAACAAACACACACACACACACACACACACACAUACACAUGAAAUGUGGAGCCACAUGACUGGAACUUGUCUUACAGACACAAAACACUGAACUGAAAAAAAAAAAACAGCAGAUCACACGUGUCUUUGUUAAUAGUGACCCCACAUGGAGUAUGACAUACUGCUAUAUGAAACAUACUGGUGACUGUACUGGUAUAGCAUGAUAUACUGGUAUGGAGAAGAGCAUAUUUGCACAGCACCAAAAAAAAAAAAAAAAUCCUAACUUUUUUUUUUUUUUUUUAACCCUGUUUUACCCAGAUUUGAUUUCCAGGUUUAGCCAGCAAUGAAACUAUCACAUAUCUGGGUUCAGUAGGAAUAAAAAAAAGUAAAUAAAAGUUAAAAAAAACAAUCUAUUUUAUCUUGUCGUUGCGUAAAUCUGCUCAUGUUGGUAUAUUGUAAGCUAUACUGGUGUGAAUCACUGGUGAAUUGUACAGAACUAGUACUAGUAAACACUGGUUUUUAUUUUGUCUUCUGGGCUAUGUCAGCCAUCUUGUCAAAUAGGAGGAGAAGAACAAUGAAAUAAAAAUAAUGACGAAAUGGAAAUCA